AUGAACAACUGUCGAAAAUGGUACCCGGUUUUAGCUAUGUUAGCCAUUGAUCUUGCCUUAGCUGUUAGCAAUAUACUUCUCAGGAAGAUUGUGGGUGAUGGGAUCAACCUUUUGGUCUUCAUUACUUAUCGCCAGUCGAUUUCCGCAUUCUUUUUGUCUCUUCUAGCUUUCUUUGUGGAAAGGAAAAGCAGGCCUAAGCUCACUUUCACCAUAUCGUGUCUACUUUUCGCAAGUGCAGUUAUCGGGACAUCCGUAACACAGUUUAUGUUUCUCGUGGGGCUACAAUACACGUCCGCAACCUUCUCAUGCGCCUUUCUCAACAUGGUUCCCAUACUAACAUUCCUCAUGGCUUUGCCAUUCGGUUUCGAGAAGGUAAAUUUUAAGAGUGGUAAUGGGGGCAGGGCAAAGGUGGUGGGUGCACUAGUAUGCCUUGCUGGGGCCGUCCUGUUGACUCUCUAUAAAGGAAAGCCUUUGUUCCGUUUUGCUGACUCAAAUCAGCAAUCUACAAAUCCACAUAUGAAGCUAAAUUCGGAGCGAUGGGUUGUUGGCUCAAUAGCAUUGCUGGUAGGUACAUUAUGCUGGUCGUCGUGGUACCUUGUUCAGACGAGCAUCGCUAAGAGAUACCCGUGUCCGUAUUCGAGCACAGCCAUCAUGGCUGCCUUUAGUUCCGUACAGUCUGCCAUCUUGAGUUUGUCAGUCUCAAGGGACCUCUCCAUCUGGAUGUUGAACACUAAAGCACACAUUUUUAUUAUUCUGUAUGCGGGGAUGGUAGGAACUGGACUGUGCUUCGUGGGCAUGUCAUGGUGUGUAAAGAAACGAGGGCCUGUAUUCACAGCAGCUUUCAACCCACUUGUGAUGAUAAUGGCCGCAUUGUUUGAAGUCCCGAUUUGGCACGAACAACUUCAUCUUGGAAGGUGA